UCAUACCUUUCUUGGAUUUUGGCAAUAGUUUUGAUUUUUUUGUGUAUAUCGAUGGAUCUUAAUGAGGACCAAGGAUAACCUAAUGAUUAAUCCUUGCAGUUAAAAGAAUUCCAUCCAGUUUGCUGUCACUUCUUUUGAUGUGUGAGUUUUCCCAUUUUUUCCCCUCCCCAUUCUGUUGGGAAUCAGUAUGGACCGGACCCAGGAUCAGCCGUCAGGUUGGAGCGCCAUUCAUCCCAGCUUUAAGCCACCAUUACAAGAAAAACUCAACCAUACCUACAGGUUUCACAAUGCUCUUAUGCUGUCAUCCACCCACAGCUCCCCCAUUGCUGCUGUUCAUCAGCCUCUACCCUCACUGCUGCCCUCCUCUUUUGUUCCACACUCCUAUUUUUUCUCUUCCCCGGUAAUUGCCACAACAUCUUACUCAGACUUAAGGGAGUCAUCCACCAACUUUGUUCCUUUGUCCCUUUCCAACAUCACAUCUGGUGAUUUGAAUGACCUGGAGAGUAUGCUCCUGUGGACCCUCCAUGAACCCAGCACCAUUGCUCUGACAGUCAUGUACUGUUUCUCUUUUAUCCUGGGAUUCAUUGGGAAUUUAAUGUCUCUGCGAGUUCUCACCAGUAGGCACAGUCGGCGGCUAGCUGGUGUCAGUGCUACGCGCAGCCUCCUGGUGAAUCUGGCAGUGUGUGACCUGGCUGUGGUGUGUGUCUGCAUGCCCAUCACGCUGGGAAACCAGAUCUAUGCCGCCUGGGUCUACGGGGAUCUCUUGUGUCGGGCCGUGCCCUUCACGCAGGCUGUCUCAGUCUCAGCCAGUGUGCUGACGUUAACGGUUAUUAGUGUGAAUCGUUACUACAGUGUUCGAUCACCGCUUAAAGCUCGCACCAUGUUCACCCGCCAGCGAAUCUUGGCAACGGUUGCUGUGGUGUGGACAGUAUCUUCGAUGAUGUGUGCUCCAAUUGCAGUGAUGAACCGGCGGCGAGAGAUCAACUUUGAGUUUUUUACCAUCUUGGUUUGCCAGGAGGAGUGGCCUCAGCAUCGCCUUAAACAGGGAUACAACGUGUUGCUGUUUGUGAUGCUGUACUGUUUGCCAGUGACAUUUAACCUCACCAUUGGCUUCCUGACUGGCAGAAGGCUGUGGGGAGGGAAAAAAUCUGCUUUCGCUGACCUGGACCCUCGUAGUAAAGCUGUCCACAUGUCUCGCCUGAAGACACGGCAGAAAAUCGCCAAGAUGGUGGUCUGCCUGGUGCUUCUGUUUGCUGUUUCUUGGCUUCCACUUUAUUUGGCUGACCUUUGGAUCGACUGCGAACAAAGGCCGUCAUCUUGGAUCCUGCAGACACGUCCAUUUGCUCAGUGGCUGGGCCUGACAAACUCGAGCCUUAACCCCAUAUGUUACUGCUUCAUUGGAGAUCUGUAUCGCUCAGCCCGGGUCAUACGGACGAGAUACAAUCAGAAAGUAGCAUCUCUCUUUAGCAACUCCUCAUUUUCCUCAGUUGCCGUGGCAUCUGCCUCCACAGUGAUUACAGACACCAAAGUGACUUCAUCUGAGCACCACCGCAUAGCAGCUGCUGUGGCAGCAUCGGCAUCUAUGGUUAGGAUCCCUAGACCUUUGAGCUUGGCCAGAGGCCAGGGACUGGGGAAGAAGGUUAGAGACUCUCCAGACAGUGAAGUGGGAUCUGACCACAGUAUCUCAGACUGGUGUCAGUCCAGUCCCUCUGUGUGUGACGGCGCUCUGUUUCCCUGUCAGCCUGAUACGCCCCGACAAUAUACACAAAAAGCAGAGUGUUUGCCAACAAGAAGGCAGACUGUUAACGAUAUUGCAGUAUCAUUACCUUUACAAAGUGAAGCAGUGGAAAUAGACCUGCUGCCUCUGAGAAGGCAUUCAGGAGAUGGAGUAGAUGUUCUUGCAGCUGAUAAGAGAGGCAUUAUUAUCCUUGGUGGAAAGACAUUCCUCAACACUGGGCAGCACCCUGGAAAAACAUCACAGAACUACUCUCUCAAAGGAGACAAAGAUGACGAAACAACCAAUGUGACCAAGCUAUGAGCCCUUAUAAAUUGGGUGUAUCAGGAAAAAGGAUUUUUUUUGUCCAGCAAGGAGUAAAAACACACCGCUUCCUAUUCUCAAGUGACAAGCAUGAAUGAAUCCAUUGCAGAAACAGCUAUUUGUGUUGUGGAUAAACUGACCUUGCGUUCACUCUCCUUCUCACUGCAUGAAGUAGUUGCUCACUGUUUCAGAUGAAGUAUUUCAGGAUCAGAUCGUGGGGAGCAGCAGUCAAGUGAACCUGCAGGGGAACAGAUGAAAUGUUAUUUUGCUAGUUAUCAAUGAGAAGGUUGAACUGCAGCAGUCUAUCAUAACAUGUACGCCAUGUCAUAUUCACAGCAGUUCCUAUCAUCUGCUGAGAACAAUAACCCAGCAGGAUGUAAGAUUUCAUGUGUUCUGAGUGAAGAUUCUUUCUUUUCUCAUUGCUUUCCUAAUGGUAAUACGUAAAAUGUUACUUGUAUUUGUUACUCACAGAACAGCUCAGACCUCUUGCCACACCGCAAUAUAGGAAAAUACAGCAUGAGAUUUUUUCAUGAUCACCAACAAUGACUGCACAAGUUGCAACAUAUGUAGACUCCAUUAUUAUUGUAAGUGUGUCUAUUAGGAAUCAUUAACAAGGCACAGUAUCAGUAAAAAGAACAAAAGACGUUACUGUUUUUGUUUAAUCUGCAGGAAUAACAAAUGACUCAAUGAGGAAAGAUCCAUAUGUCAAAGCUUCGCCAUUU